UCAGAGCGUCACUUCUCCUCAGGUUCUCCAGAGGAUACACCACGGCACAGAAUGCUUCUCCUCCCAGCUGCUGCCCUGUGCUGUCUGUGUUCAGCGCUGGUUUCCACGGCAACAGAGCUGAUUCAGGAUGAUUUAACACUGACCAGGAGAGUUGGUGAAAAAGUUUCAUUCAGCUGUGGAGGGACUGACCAGUGUAGUGGUAGCUAUGUAUACUGGUACCAGAAGAAAGAGUCAGAUACAUUCAGACUGAUUCUUGAUAUUAGCAGGAGUACUGGAGCUUUAGAUAAAAGCUACAAUCAUCCUCAGAAAGAUGAUUUCUCAGCUGUGAAUAAAGGGAACGGCUGUGAGUUGCAGAUCCAGAGAGUUAAACUCUCUCAUUCAGCCUCAUAUUUCUGCUCCUUCUGUUUCACUGUGGGGAGGUUUGGAUUUGGCUCUGGAACAAAACUGUUUGUAACAGAUGAUGAGGUGGUGAGGCCCAAGGUGAAUGUUUACUCAGCAACCUCCAGAGUCCAGCAGGAGGAGGGGGAGGAGGACUCUCUCCUGUGUGUGGCUUUAGCCAUGUUUCCUCCUCUGGUCCAGAUCUCCUGGAAAAAACGAAGAAAGAACGGUGAUCUGGAGGAGCUGCCCUCUGCUGAGGGAAAACUACUGAACCUGAAGGAGUCUGGAUGUACAGCCUCCACCCUGAAGAUCCCUCAGAGAGAGAGUGGCACGUAUGAAUACAUCUGCUCUGUGAAGCAUGAGGGGGGGCCAGCCCAGGACCACAUAGAAAUAGAAGGUCAAGCUCCAACAGAAGCUCCAGUUCCUUCGACCUCUGGUCCCCCAGAGAGAGAGCCAACAGAUCUGCCAGCUCUGCAGCUGACUGACUAUGAUCCUUUCAGGUCUGAGUGCAGGGUGAGGCUGCUGACUCUGCUGUACUCUGUGCUGAUAGUGAAGAGUCUGGUGUACUGCUGUGGACUCUGUCUGCUGAGGAUCAACAACACACCGUGCAUCCACCGCACAACAGCUGACUGACUGUCUUCAAACCAGAUUCUCUCUCACUGAAAUCUCAGCAAUUUAAAGCUUUGCUCAGAAAAUCAAAAAUCUGCAGUAGCUGGCUAAAAAACACUUUCAAAAUGUGUUUAUCUUGAAUAUUCAGAGAUAUAUUUUAAAAAAUUGAAAUACAAAGACACAAUAUACUCAGUGAACAUUAUUGCUUCUAAUGCAGUUUUUCCACUCACUAUAUUGUAAAUGAUGUCAUGUGGAAAUUAGUAGCUGUGUGAUAGAAAUAAUAUCAGAAUUGCAUUUGUUAUUCCUCUGCUUGUUUUUCUUGCAUCAUGCAGAGUGUGGAACAUUUUUCUC